AUGUCAGACAUUAUACAGGAUAAUUCCAAAAUACGGCUGAAUCAAGAAGAAGCUCAACAAAAUAAAGUCAUAAUCGAACCACAAAUAUCAAUAAAUCUAGUCCCACCAUUAAAUUUUGCAUUGGUUGAAGAUGGAAUCUAUAGAUCUGGUUUCCCCAUGGAAAUAAAUUACCCAUUUUUGCUGCAAUUAAAUCUUAAAACAAUAAUAUAUCUUGGAGAUUUAGGUCAUAAUUUAGAUGAAAAUCCAAAAAAGAAAAAGAAAAAGGAAAAAGAUGGAUCAAUUGAAAUAUUAAAUCAAUAUCUUAAAUGGAUAGAUAAACAACAAAAUAUAACUUUCCAUAAUUUAUUAAUAAAUUCAUCACAAGAACCAUUCAACAAGAAUUCAGAAAAUUUACAAAGUUUAAAAUCAUUAACAAUAGCAUUACAAUUAAUUUUAAAUCCUAAAAAUUAUCCCAUUCUAAUACAUUCAAAUAAGGGGAAACAUAGAACUGGAUUAUUGGUAGGAUUAAUGAGAAAAUUAUUACAAGGUUGGUGUUUAAGUGGUAUCUUUGAAGAAUAUGAAAAAUUUGCAAUGGGUAAAUUUGAAUAUGAUUUAGAAUUAAUUGAAAUUUGGCAACCUGAAUUAUGGAUUGAUGAUAAUAAUAAACCAAAUUUUGUUAGAAUCUAG